AUGGGCUCCUCUCGGGCACCCCAGAUGGGGCGUGUGGGAGGGCAAGGGGUGAUGGCAUUGCUGCUGGCUGGUCUCCUCCUGCCAGGGACCUUGGCUAAGAGCAUUGGGACCUUCUCAGACCCCUGUAAAGACCCCACUCGCAUCACCUCCCCCAAUGACCCCUGUCUCAUUGGGAAGGAUGGCUCCAGUAGCUUCAGUAGCCACAGUGGCUCCAGCAGUUCCAGCAGUUCCAGUUCCAGCGGCUCCAGUGGUGGCUCUGGUGGUGGCUCCGGUGUCUCCGGUGGUUCCGGUGUCUCCAGUGGUGGCUCCAGCGGAUCCGGUGUCAUCCAGGGUGGUUCUUCAGGAUCUGCGUUACUUACGCCAGGCACAGGGUAUUCCCAGAUCAGCCACUCCUCCGGUUCUGGCUCUGGUCUUCAGGGUGCAUCCAGCUCCUCCCUGUCGGGCAGCAUCAGGCCCCCAUCGGGAAGCAUCAACUCCCAACCAGGGUCUGGCUCAGCUCUACCAACCGACGGUGCUUCUUCCCGCUUGGGAAGCUCUUCCCAGUCUGGAGGAGGCUCAAGCUCUUCUGUUUCCCAAACCUCCCGGAUAUCCAGCAACGGUGACCAAAAGGUCAACUCCAACCUGCGCCCCUGUAGUUCAGAUGUCCCUGACUCUCCCUGCAGUGGGGGGCCUGUUGUCUCGCACUCCAGCUCCUACAUCUCCAGCUCCCACUCUGUGUCAGGAGGUCAAAGGCCUGUGGUGGUGGUGGUGGAGCAGCAAGGUUCUGGUGGCCCCAGAGGGGUUCAAGGUGUCCCCUGUAACAAUGGUGGCCAUUCAGGCAAGCCCUGUCCUCCCAUCACCUCUGUAGACAACUCCUACGGCAGCUAUGAGGUGGUAGGUGGCUCCUCUGACAGUUACCUGGUCCCAGGCAUGACCUACAGUAAGGGCAAAAUCUACCCUGUGGGCUACUUCACCAAAGAUAACCCUGUCAGAGGCUCUCCAGGGGCCCCCUCCUUUGCAGCUGGGCCCCCCAUCUCUGAGGGCAAAUACUUCUCCAGCAAUCCCAUCAUCCCCAGCCACAGCUCCUCUAGUUCCAACAUCUACCAGUCAGGAGCUUCCCCGGCCAUUGUGUUCCAGCCCGUGGGCUCUGGUGGGGUCCAGCCCUGUGGAGUCGGCUCCACAGGCGCUAAGGGGCCCUGCUCCCUCUCCAUUCCUGGAGUCUACAGCAGUUCUAGCCUUUCCAGCAGUUCUGGUUCAUCCUCCCAUCCCUGUGGCGGCGUUUCCCAGGGGCCCUGCUCCCCACCAGGCACUGGCUCCUCCGCUGGCAGCUCCAGCUCUCAAUCCAGUGGCAAAACCAUCCUGCAUCCCUGCGGCAGCAAGUCCAGCUCUCCUGGUCACCCUUGCAUAUCUGUCUCCUCCUCAACCUUGAGUGAGGGUCCCAAUGGCUCUCCCGAACCUGAUCCCUCAGCUGGUGCCAAGCCCUGUGGCUCCAGCAGCUCUGGAAAGAUCCCCUGCCGCUCCAUUCGGGACCUCCUGGCCCAAGUGAAGCCUCUGGGGCCACAGCUGGCUGACCCUGAAGUUUUCCUACCCCAGGGAGAGUUACUUGACAGACCAUAA